AUGACGCCGCUUUGGAAAUCUCUUCCAGUCAGGUGGUCGUCUUGGAGAAAGUUUGCCUCGCGUUCAAAUGGGUCGGCUGACUUGGACCUCGAACUAGCCAGGUCGUGGCUGAAAGACCUGCAUCCGAAUACUAUCCCCCGCCAUAUCGCCCAGCUGUCUUUCAGCCGUUCUAGCGGCCCCGGAGGACAGAAUGUGAACAAGUCGGUGCAACCCCGAGAUCCCCUCCUCCUCUUCCUCCCUCCUCUGCUAGUUACCUGUUCCUUGUUACCCGUGCUCCGUGCUCCGUCCUCCGUACUCGCCACGCUGAAAAUCCCAUUGGUGGCCUUGCUUCCAUUGGUGCCAAGUUUGUUACACCCCCAGCUACGCGGUUCCCGCUAUGCGACCGACCGGUCCCAGGCCCUGGUGAUACAAUCCGACGAAUCCCGACAGCAAUCGAGUAACGUGGAGGCGUGCUUUGACAAGCUCCACCAGCUGCUCCUGAGCUCGGCAAAACAGGUCAUCCCCGGAGAGACUUCCCAGGAACAAUCGGUCCGGGUACACAAGCUGCAGCGUGCACAAAAUGAGGCGCGGCUCAAAUCCAAGAAAUUUGCCAGCAACAAAAAGAGCAAUCGACGGGGGAGUAAAUACGAUGAUUGA